GGGGGGAAACCAGAGACAAAUGGCUUAGGGGCUAGAUUGGCCUUUUGUGCAGUUACAGGAGGUGUUGAAACGAGAGCAGUUGUGGCCAUUGCUGACAUUUGUUCUGGGGUUUUGAGAGGGAAACUGGGCAGUAAAGCAGUUUGUUUCUGUGAAUGAUUGAGGCACAGUCAAAAGUCACCUUGUUCCUCUAGUGGUGGAUUGGUUGUGGAGACUUUGGGAAUGCUUACAGCUGCAGAGUUCCGUAGGGCUGCCCAGAGAACCGACUGCUUGAAGAUCCAGUUUCAUUCACAAUGCCUCAAACAUCAGUGACAUCAAACGGCCUUUGAAUCAUGGGCAACGUGGAGAGCCAGAACGGGGACUAUGCCCUCUACGGCACCGAGCACGGCCCCUGGUCCCGCAAGCACAUGUCCCGCUCGCUGCGCGUCUCCAACAAGCAGUCGCGGCGCUCCCGGCACGCCCUGUCGGGGAAGAUGGAGCACCGGAACUCGGAGACCAGCACGCGUUCCAGCAGCACCCCCAGCAUCCCCCAGUCCCUGGCCGACAACGGCCUGGAGCCCUUCGACGAGGCCGACGCGCUGCCCCACUUCGGCAGCCCCAUAUGGGUGGACCGCGUGGCCAUGAACCUGCGGCCCGUGUCCUUCCACAACGACCUGGUCAACCCCUCGGUGCGCCUGGUCGGCGCGCGCUCCCCCUCGCCGCCGGGCCCCGCCGCCCGGGGCGCACGGGGGGGCACCUACCUCCAGAAGACCAGCGAAGGCUCCGCCGCCGCCGCCGCCGCGGCCGGCGACACGCUCGGCAGGAGAGAGAAGAAGAGGUCCAAGUCGGCGGACAUGUGGCGCGAGGACAGCCUGGAGCUGUCGCUGUCCGACAUCAGCCAGGACCACCUGACCAGCACCGAGGAGAUCAUCGACGCAGCCAACCCGAGGGAGGACUACACCGACUGCGACGACCAAUUGCAGAGCAGCCCUCUCGGCGACAAUGGCGGCGGCGGCGGCGGUGAAAGAGCUAACUCGCUGGACCAGCUGUACAGCCCCAAGAGUGCCGGCGUCGGCGGGCGACGGCGUGCGUCACGCGGCCGCUACACGGCGCGGGGCGACGGCGGCGACGAAGACAAGAUGGUUUCCACGCCCGAGGAGGAAGGGGGGAGCGGGUACGGGGCGUACACGUUGCCGUGCCGACGGUCCCACUGCCUGUCGGAGGGGCUGCGGUCCCACCAGGCCACCAGGAACACCUCCAUGCACGGCAGGAGGGCGCAGACCAUCCAGGACGUGACGGCGGGCGACGGCAGCGAGUACGACGACAGCGGCAUCGACGCGGUGACGGCGGCGGAGACGGAGCACCAGUCGCGGCGCUACAAGACCAUGUCGGCCUCCUUCUCGCUGGGCUCGGCCGGCGGGCGCAGCGCCUUUGCCGGCAGCGACAGCGGCAGCAGCAGCGCCGGAGGGGGCGGGUCCGGGUCCGGCGGGGGCGGGUCCGGCUCCGGCGGCGGCGGCGGCGGUGGCGGCGCGCAACAGGGCGUGUACGAGAACUUCCGGCAGGAGCUGGAGAUGAGCUCCUGCCGGACGGAGGAGGAGGCGGGCUCGGCGCUCAGCGGCGACGAGCACAGCGUGGCGAGCUCCGCCUACCAGUCGGACCCGCUGCUCACGGUCGCCCAGGGCACCGUGCGCAAGGCCGGACGCCUCGCCGUCAAGAACUUCCUGGUGCACAAGAAGAACAAGAAGGUGGAGUCGGCCACCCGGCGCAAGUGGAAGAGCUACUGGGUCUGCCUCAAAGGAUGCACUCUGUUCUUCUAUGAGACGGACGGCCGCUCGGGAAUCGACCACAACAGCGCCCCGAGGCACGCCAUCUGGGCGGAGAACAGCAUUGUGCAGGCCGUCCCCGAACACCCCAAGAAGGACUUUGUGUUCUGCCUCAGCAACUCCCUGGGAGACGCCUUCCUCUUCCAGACGUCCAGCCAGACGGAGCUGGAGAACUGGAUCACGGCGAUCCACUCGGCCUGCGCCGCCGCCGUUGCCCGGCAACACCACCGCGAGGACACGGUGCGUCUGCUGCGCGCCGAGACCAAGAAGCUGGAGCAGAAGAUGGACAUGGACGAGAAGAUGAAGAAGAUGGGCGACAUGCAGCUGUCGGCCGUCAGCGACACCAAGAAGAGGAAGACCAUCCUGGAGCAGAUCUUCCUGUGGGAGCAGAACCUGGAGCAGUUCCACAUGGACCUGUUUCGCUACCGCUGCUAUCUGUCCAGCCUGCAGGGGGGGGAGCUGCCCAACCCCAAGAGGCUGCUGGCCUUCGCCUCCCGGCCCACCAAGCUGGCCAUGGGACGCCUGGGCAUCUUCUCCGUCUCCUCCUUCCACGUGCUGGUGGCGGCCCGUAGUGAGUGUGGCGUGAGGAGGCGGGCCCAGGCCGCGUCGCGCUCCACCAGCAAGCGGAAGAGUCGCUUCUCCUCUCUGUGGGGUCUGGACACCACCUCCAAGAAGAAGACCAAGGCCCACCCCAGCAUCGACCAGGUUUUCGCUGACGGCCAUGAGGUGGUGAGGAAGCCCGGGGACGGAGUGUACUCGGAUCCUGCCAAGGAAUCCACGAGAAGCGAGGAGGGCGGUGUGAGGAGCCUCCCGCGACCCAGCACGGACGGGGAGAUCUGGGUCCCUGACCACCUCACCCCGUCCUGGGUGUGUCUGCCCAACGACCAGCCAGUCCUCACCACCAUCCAGCCGGGGGAGUCGGCCCUUUGCGCCCUGGAGGCCAUCUGCAAGGCUCACCAGUUGGACUCCACCAGACACUACUUAAGACUUAAGUUCCUCAUCGAAAACCAAGUGCAAUUCUACAUCCCCAAACCAGAGGAGGAUGUAUGUGAUCUGCUUUACAAGGAAAUCGAGAUCUGCUCCAAGAUAACCAAGGUCAUCCGCUUCGACCGCGACGAGUCCUGCAUGAUUGGCUAUGGUUUCUCCAUCUCUGUGGUGGAGGAGGACGGGGUCCAGCAGCUCUACAUCACAGACGUGAAAGGGGGUCUCGCCUUCGCAAAAGGUCUGAACGCGGGAGACGAGAUCCUGCAGCUCAACGGGAAGGACUCCCACAGCCUCAACUUCUCGGACAUGAAGGCGGCGUUCACCAAGGCGUCCCUGAGUCUGACGGUGAACACGCUGCCCGCCACCGACCGCCGGCAGCUCUGCUACCUCCCCCCCCGGCGCUCCGACGCAGAGGACGACCUCUACACCGACAUCUUCUCCCAGAGCCAAGAGGAGAUCCUGGACGACGGGGUGGGGCUAUACCUGGAGAGCUCUGGAGACAGCUUGGACGAAGACCUCCACAUCUACAGCGACACAGACCAAUACAGAAAGAGCACAGAGCAGGUGGCCGCCUUCUGCCGCAGCCUCCAUGACAUGAGCGGUGCCGAGUGUGUGUCGUCGUGGCCGAGCCCGGACUCGCCCCUCUCCCCGCCGGCCUCCGCCCCCCGCCUCCAGCUGUCGGACGCCGACAAGCUCCGCAAAGUGAUCUGUGAGCUGGUGGGCACGGAGCGCACCUACGUCAAGGAUCUGAACUGUCUGAUUGGUCGGUACCUGACCCCCCUGCAGAAGGAGAGCUUCCUCACACAGGACGAGCUGGACGUGCUGUUUGGGAACCUCCAUGAAAUGGUGGAGUUCCAGGUAGAAUUCCUCAAGACCCUGGAGGACGGAACACGCCUGGUCCCGGACCUGGAGAAACUUGAGAGAGUGGACCAGUUCAAGAAAAUCCUCUUCUCCCUGGGCGGCUCCUUCCUGUACUACGCUGACCGCUUCAAGAUAUACAGUGCCUUUUGCGCCAGCCACACCAAGGUCCCCAAGGUGCUGGUUAAAGCCAAAACGGACGCAGACUUCAAGGCCUUCCUGGAUGAGCGUAACCCCAAGCAGCAGCACUCGUACACCCUGGAGUCCUACCUUAUCAAGCCCAUCCAGAGGGUCCUCAAGUACCCCCUGCUGCUCCGGGAGCUCCACUCCCUCACCGACCCCGAGAGCGAGGAGCACUACCAUCUGGACGUGGCCAUGAAAGCCAUGAACAAGGUGGCCAGCCACAUCAACGACAUGCAGAAGAUCCACGAGGAGUUUGGCGCCGUGUUUGACCAACUCAUCACCGAGCAGAGUGGAGACAAGAAGGAGGUGGCUGAUCUGUCCAUGGGCGACCUGCUGCUCCACGCCACGGUGGCCUGGCUCAACCCGCCCUCUUCGCUAGGGAAGUGGAAGAAGGAGCCCCAGCUCGCCACGUUCGUAUUCAAAACAGCCGUGGUGUUUGUGUGUAAGGACGGCUCCAAGCAAAAGAAGAAGUUGGGCAGCUCCCAUCGCGUGUCGAUGUCCUCCGAAGAGAAGGACCCAUUCCGAUUCCGUCACAUGAUUUCCACAGAGACGCUUCAAGUCAGAGCUUUGGCUAACGGAGACGGGGAGGGCACGGCGGUGUGUGAGAUCGUUCACAUCAAGUCAGAGUCAGAAGGAAGACCAGAGAGGAGCUUCCAGCUGUGCUGCAGCUCCCCAGAGAGCCGGAUGGACUUCCUGAAGACGGUGCACUCCAUCCUGAGGGAGAAGCAGCGACGCCAGCUGCUGAAGACGGAGAGCCUGCCUCUCAACCAGCAGUACGUCCCCUUCGGCGGCAAGAGGCUGGGUGCCCUGAAGGGGGCGCGGCCUGCCAUCAACAGAGCAGUGUCGGUCCCCGCUCGCACCCUGGGGCGACGGAAGCUGGUGCGAAACCGCUUCACCAUCGACACGGACAUCGUGUUCGACCGCGAGCCAGACCUCGAGCCCGCGCCCCCCCCAGAGAGUCCCCAGGACCCCCCGGGAGAGGGGGAGGGGGAGGUGGGAGGAACAGAGACGGAGGAGGAGGAGGAGGAGGAGGAAGAGCUGACGGGGGACACGGACCGCUGGGUGGAGGAGCAGUUUGACCUGGAGGAGUACGAGGACCACCAGGAGGAGGUGAAGGAGACGGACAUCCUGAGCGAUGAGGAGGAGCUCGCCCUCGCCCGCCGACCCCCGCCCAACCAGGCCGACCUGGAGGCCCCCGUCAUGGCUCUGACCCUGGGUGGAGGAGAGGAGGAGGAGGAGGACGGGGCCGGCGGGCCCAAGAGGUCGCCCCAGACGGGGGUACAAGGUGCCAGCGGUGGGGAGGGCGUCGAGGCGGAGGUGUGGGUCCGCAGGAAGCGGUCGGACUGCUCCGCAGACCACGACACGUAAAUCACAGAGCAGACGGAAGACUUAGGAUUUUAACGACAAAAAAGAUCUACCCCUUUCAACUCGACUCCCUCGCUCCCCACCUCCCUCUCCAGCCAAUGCAUGGGCAUUGACGUAAAUAUAUAUAUAGAUAUAUAUAGAUAUAUAGAUAUAUCUCGCACAGCUAUCAGAAGACGUAUAUCCUAAUCAAUAUUUUUCAAACGCUUCUUUUUGGACAGUCAUUGAUAAGUGAUUGAGCAAUACAGGGGGCGAGAGGAGCGGGCGGUCAAGGAGUCGUUUGCUGUUUAAAAAAACAAAACGGGCCCAGAGGUCGCGCGAAGCGUCCAGCUAUAAGGGUACAAUCAAGAGACGAUAGUUUGCACAUUCGGGCAGCUUCCGGGACGUUCUGCCUUUCAUUGCCAAAUCGGGGUAUUUGUGACACGGUCAUUUCUGUCUUAGUGGCUCUUGAGUUCUUCUCGGGUACAAGCUGUGUAUUAUUUUCAACUUCUGUAAAGAUGGGUAUAGCAAAUAACCAGUUCAGUGGUGGAUAGUUUACCGUAGUUUACUGGUCAUCAAGUGUAUACACUGGUAUUGUUAUUUUUUAAAUCAGAUUUGUGAUUAUUUAAAAUAUGAAUUAUUCUGUUUUGCAGACUGUUUUUUUUUGGUGAGAUAAAAUAUAUUUUGCUUUUUCUUUUAUCGAAUAGAAUUACAGAAUUAUGUUUUCCAGAACCUUUGAUGUGGAGGUCAAGGGAUUUGUAUUUGUUUUAACUUAACAGAAUCCUGUUUUACUUGAAAUUGCAUCAGCUGUCUCAUGUUGUUUUUGUUUUUCUUUAAGGUUUACUGUGAAACCCUUUUCUCAAGUUUACUGUGUAUAGAUAUAUAUACGAUACUUUUCAUCUGCAGUGCCAUUUCUAGGACGAUUUCAUUGUAACACUCCACACAAGCACACUUUUACACAGAACCUGCACAUAAACAUUGUAUGGUUUUUUGUGUAUUUAAACAUUUUUUAAAUUUACUUUUUAAACUUCACUUGUGAUAGGUCACAAUGUAUGGAUUUUAACUUAUUCAUAUUCUUCCAUAAUUUAUCGGUACAUCUGCAUAUAAAGUAUUAGUUUUCUCAAAAGAAGGUCCAAAUAUGCUGAAGCAAUCAAGGAGAAAGAUGGUUUGUGUCUGGAGAGUGAAAGUCAUUCUUAUAAAGAAGCUCAUUGUGCUACUAAGACUACAUUUUUAUUACUGUGUGUACAUAUAGAAAAGAUGUAUUGAUAUCAUAAUAAAUACCCUUGUUUCGUACUUACAAA